CUGACAGAACACAGAAAGUAUAACGGAAAAUACAGCAGAGUAGGAGGGCAUUAUGGUCCACAUAAAACAUCAUACCUGUUCUUCCUUGCAAUUGAAGGGUCCUCCAAUGUACCAACCGAAUGGUGAAGUGGGGAGAGAUUUAGAGAAUUAGAGAAAGAGGGAGAGAGAAAAACAAACCAAAUCAAUUGUAGUUGAUCUCACGCUUUGUUUUUCCCUUCGAUUUCAACUUCUACAAUCGCAACGGCCAUGGCUGUGCCCGUUGAGGAAGCCAUUGCAGCUCUUUCCACAUUCUCGCUUGAUGACGAGCAACCGGAGGUGCAAGGACCUGGAGUGUGGGUGUCAACUGAGAGAGGUGCAACAGAUAGUCCAAUAGAGUAUAGCGAUGUUUCUGCAUACCGAUUAUCUCUAUCAGAGGAUACGAAAGCUCUCAAUCAGCUGAACAUCCUUACCCAAGAGGGGAAGGAAAUGGCAUCAGUGCUUUACACAUAUCGCAGUUGUGUCAAAGCCCUUCCGCAGCUUCCUGAUUCGAUGAAGCAAAGUCAAGCUGAUUUAUAUUUGGAAACAUAUCAAGUUCUGGACUUGGAAAUGAGUCGGUUGCGUGAAAUUCAGCGAUGGCAAGCAUCAGCUUCAUCAAAGUUAGCUGCUGAUAUGCAACGUUUUUCUCGGCCUGAGCGACGCAUUAAUGGCCCUACAAUAUCUCAUUUGUGGUCUAUGUUGAAGUUACUUGAUGUUUUGGUGCAACUUGAUCAUCUUAAAAAUGCUAAGGCAAGCAUACCUAAUGACUUUUCUUGGUAUAAAAGAACUUUCACACAAGUCAGCGGUCAGUGGCAAGACACUGAUUCAAUGAGGGAAGAGUUGGAUGAUUUACAGAUUUUCUUGAGCACAAGAUGGGCUAUCUUGUUGAACCUGCAUGUUGAGAUGUUCCGUGUGAACAAUGUGGAAGACAUUCUUCAAGUACUUAUAGUCUUUGUUGUAGAGUCUCUGGAGUUGGACUUUGCACUUCUCUUUCCAGAGCGCCACAUACUCUUGCGUGUCUUGCCUGUUCUUGUAGUCCUAGUGACAUCAUCAGAGAAAGAUAGCGAGUCUCUGUACAAGAGGGUGAAAAUCAACAGACUGAUCAAUAUAUUUAAGAAUGAUGUGGUCAUUCCUGCAUUUCCAGAUCUGCAUCUGUCUCCUGCUGCAAUUUUGAAGGAAUUAUCAACAUAUUUUCCAAAAUUUUCUUCCCAAACUCGACUUCUUACCCUUCCAGCACCUCAUGAACUUCCACCUCGUGAGGCACAAGAAUAUCAGAGACAUUAUCUGAUCAUCAAUCAUAUUGGAGCAAUUCGUGCUGAGCAUGAUGAUUUCACAAUUCGUUUUGCUUCAGCAAUGAAUCAGCUUUUGUUGUUGAAGUCAACUGAUGGCUCUGAUGUUGAUUGGAGCAAAGAAGUAAAGGGUAACAUGUAUGAUAUGAUUGUUGAAGGUUUUCAGCUAUUAAGCAGAUGGACUGCACGCAUCUGGGAACAAUGUGCUUGGAAGUUUUCUCGACCAUGCAAGGAUGCAUCCCCAUCAUUCUCAGACUAUGAAAAGGUUGUACGAUAUAAUUACACUGCAGAAGAAAGGAGAGGACUGGUUGAACUUGUAAGCUACAUAAAGAGUGUUGGAUCUAUGAUGCAGCGGUGUGACACACUGGUUGCUGAGGCUUUAUGGGAAACAAUACAUGCUGAGGUUCAAGACUUCGUCCAAAACACAUUAGCUUCUAUGUUACGGACUACUUUUAGAAAGAAGAAGGACCUGUCUAGGAUUCUUUCGGAUAUGAGGACCCUUUCAGCUGAUUGGAUGGCUAAUACAAACAAGUCUGAAUCCGAGUUACAGUCCUCACACCAUGGAGGUGAAGAAAGUAGAGCAAACAUAUUUUAUCCAAGGGCAGUUGCCCCUACCGCCGCUCAGGUGCACUGCUUGCAAUUCUUAAUAUAUGAGGUGGUUUCUGGUGGUAACCUACGGAGGCCUGGCGGACUCUUUGGUAACAGUGGCUCAGAAAUUCCAGUUAAUGAUUUAAAACAGCUGGAGACUUUUUUUUACAAGCUUGGUUUUUUCCUUCAUAUUUUGGACUACUCAGUGACAGUUGCAACAUUGACAGAUCUUGGUUUCUUAUGGUUUAGGGAAUUUUAUUUAGAGUCUUCGCGAGUAAUUCAGUUUCCAAUUGAAUGUUCUCUUCCAUGGAUGUUGGUGGAUUGUGUCCUUGAAUCACCAAAUUCUGGUCUUCUUGAGAGUGUUUUGAUUCCACUAGAUAUCUAUAAUGAUUCAGCUCAGCAAGCAUUGGUGUUGCUGAAGCAACGAUUUCUGUAUGAUGAAAUUGAAGCUGAGGUGGAUCAUUGUUUUGAUAUAUUUGUUUCGAAAUUGUGUGAAACCAUUUUCACAUAUUACAAAAGUUGGGCAGCAAGUGAAUUGCUUGAUCCUUCCUUCCUCUUUGCCUCAGACAAUGCAGAAAAGUAUUCUGUGCAGCCUAUAAGGCUCAAUAUGCUGUUGAAAAUGACUAGAGUGAAGUUGCUCGGAAGGAUGAUUAAUUUGCGAAGUUUGAUCACCGAACGGAUGAACAAAGUUUUCCGUGAAAAUAUUGAGUUUCUGUUUGAUCGAUUUGAGUGUCAGGAUCUGUGUGCCAUAGUGGAAGUAGAGAAGCUACUGGAUAUCCUAAAACAUUCACACGAACUACUGUCGAGAGACCUUUCUGUUGACUCUUUCAGUUUGAUGUUGAAUGAGAUGCAGGAAAACAUUUCUCUUGUUUCAUUUUCUAGCCGACUGGCCUCACAGAUUUGGUCUGAGAUGCAAAGUGAUUUUUUGCCAAAUUUCAUCCUCUGCAACACCACUCAACGUUUUAUCAGAUCAUCAAAGGCUGUUCCUGUUCAAAAGCCAUCCAUACCUUCUGCUAAGCCUAGUUUCUAUUGUGGUACUCAAGAUUUGAAUUCUGCUCAUCAAAGUUUUGCACGAUUGCAUAGUGGAUUCUUUGGAAUGCCUCACAUGUUUUCUAUUGUUCGACUUCUGGGAUCCCGAUCAUUACCUUGGCUUAUUAGGGCCCUUCUUGAUCACAUAUCAAACAAGAUAACUUUGCUUGAACCAAUGAUCACAGGGUUACAAGAAUCCUUACCUAAAUCAAUUGGACUUCUGCCUUUUGAUGGAGGUGUGACAGGGUGUGUCAGACUUGUGAAAGAACAUCUUAAUUGGGAGACAAAAUCAGAGCUGAAAGCCGAGGUUCUUCAUGGCAUAAAAGAGAUUGGAAGUGUACUAUACUGGAUGGGGCUUCUAGAUAUUGUAUUGAGAGAAAUAGAUACUAAGAAUUUCAUGCAAACUGCUCCUUGGCUGGGCUUACUUCCUGGAGCCGAUGGACAAAUAUUAACUACUCAAGAUAGUGGUGACAGCCCUGUUGUUAGUCUCUUUAAAUCAACUGCUGCUGCGAUGGUUUCAUAUCCUGGUUGCCCUUCUCCUACCUCUUUCCACAUCAUGUCAAAGCAAGCAGAAGCAGCAGAUCUUUUAUACAAAGCUAACUUGAAUACUGGAAGUGUCCUGGAGUAUGCAUUAGCUUUCACCAGUGCUGCAUUAGAUAAAUAUUGUAGUAAAUGGAGUGCUGCGCCCAAGACAGGCUUCAUUGAUAUUACAAUUUCUAAAGAUUUCUACAGAAUAUACAGUGGUCUCCAAAUUGGAUACUUGGAAGAGUCUGCAGAAGUGUCAUCAAAUAGUCAUGAAAGGCUAGGAGAUUCAGUUGCUUGGGGUGGAUGCACUAUAAUAUAUUUGCUUGGGCAACAGCUACAUUUCGAGCUCUUUGACUUUUCAUAUCAGAUACUCAAUAUUGCAGAAGUAGAGGCUGCAUCUGUCAUACAAACACAUAAGAACUCACACUUUGCUAUGCAGGGAUGGGAAGUCUUAUUGGAAGCAAUGAAAAAGGCAAGGAGAUUAAAUAACCAUGUAUUCUCCAUGCUUAAAGCACGCUGUCCGCUUGAAGAAAAGACAGCCUGCGCUAUUAAGCAAAGUGGUGCUCCAUUGCAUCGCAUAAAAUUUGAGAACACAGUAUCUGCGUUUGAAACACUGCCGCAGAAAGGUUCAUAACCGAUCCGUGUUCCAUCAAAUUGUGUGCCGUGUCCUCUCUCUCCGUAUAUAUUGUAACCUUGUGGUGUAUAUGUAAUUUAAAGCAAGCAUAGUAUGUAAAAGUUUCAUGAGUCGAGAUUGCUAUUGGGUGGGGUAGCACUUUUUGCCUUUGAUUAGGAAAAUGUGUUAUAGGGAUUUGAAUUUGAUUUGAUUUUUUCCCCCUUAGUGUAAUUACGAGUUGUGGUAGUGGUUAGAUAUAAUCUAUCAAUACAUUACAGCUACAGUUCGAUUUGCGUUUA